GGUUUCUCUGGCCAGUGUCUCUCCCUCCGGUCUGCAGCAUGGGGAAUAUCUUUGCAAACAUCUUUAAGGGCCUUUUUGGCAAAAAAGAAAUGCGCAUUCUCAUGAUGGGCCUGGAUGCUGCGGGGAAGACCACCAUCCUGUACAAACUGAAGCUGGGUGAGAUCGUGACCACCAUCCCCACCGUAGUUCUCAUCUUUGUGGUUAACAGCAAUGACCAAGCACGCGUGAACAAGGCCCGAGAGGAGCUCAUGCAGAUGCUGGCAGAGGACGAGCUCAGGGAUGCUGUCCUGCUCAUGUUCGCAAACAAGGAGGACCUCCCCACUGCCAUGAAUGCGACCGAGAUCACGGACAAGCUGGGCCUGCACUCACUGCGCCACAGGAACUGGUACAUUCAGGCUACCUGUGCCACCAGUGGGGACUGGCUCUAUGAGGGACUGGACUGACUGUCCAAUCAGCUCAGGAACCAGAAGUGAGCUGCACUCUUCUCU